GUGACCCUGGGUUUCUGUCUUGGGGGACUGUUCUCCGUGCCCGUGCACGUCAAGAGUCAACGUUAGCGGCUGGCAUAUUGGAUGGGAAGAGGAACCCUGCGAUAGAUUAGGAAGUGGCUGCCUGAACUGUUUUCCAAACAAUGACCAUUACAAAUCUUUGAAUCUGAGAAGAUACUGCUGGCUUAGGGCAUCUCUUUGUUACUGCGGAGUAACCUCCUGACCCUGGUCUGCUGGGCUAGUGAAGCGCUGCAGUGAAAUGGUCUAAACAAGAAUCCAGAAAACAAGGGAGGAUAGAGCUUUUUAGAAUAACCAAGCCACUUCUCUUUGCUGAUGUGGAAUUUAGGGAACACAACUUCCAGCAACUCAAGGAAUGCUACUACUCAGAUGUCAACUGGAACAAUCUACUCAGGAAGUUCCCUGUACACUCUGGGCCGUGAUGGGAAAACUGCAGAGCAAACUCAAAUACAGCACUUACAAGUACAGCAGGCCUGAUGGGAUUAGAGAAGAGAGAAUCCAGACGAAAGCUUUUCAGGACUACAGCCCUGCUCACGUGGAUCCUGUUUCUGUGGUUGCAGCUCUGAACUCAGACAUUUGUGUCUCUGGAGGAAAAGAUAAGACAGUUGUGGCCUAUAAUUGGAAAACUGGAAGUGUGGUGAAAAGGCUCAAAGGACACGAACGUGAAAUCACCAAGAUAGCCUGUAUCCCCAAGUCAAGCCAGUUUUUCAGUGCCUCUCGAGACAGGACAGUUAUGAUGUGGGAUCUACAUGGCUCCUUACAACCCAUGCAGCAGCUUUCUGGCCAUGCCAUGGUCGUCACUGGCUUGGCUGUGAGUCCUGACUCUUCACAGCUGUGUACUGGCUCUCGGGACAACACCCUGCUUCUGUGGGAUGUGGAGACUGGACAGUGUGUGGAAAGAGCAUCUGUCUCCAGGAACCUGGUCACUCACCUGUGCUGGGUUCCCAGAGAGCCAUAUAUACUCCAGGCCUCCGAAGAUAAGACCAUCAGAUUAUGGGACAGUCGGGGGCUACAGGUAGCACAUAUGUUUCCCACAAAGCAGCACAUCCAGACCCAUUGUGAAGUCAGUGUAGAUGGACACAAGUGCAUCUCCUGCAGCAAUGGCUUUGAGGGUGAAGGCUGUGAAGCCACGUUGUGGGACCUAAGGCAAACAAGAAAUAGAAUAUGUGAGUAUAAAGGGCAUUUCCAGACAGUUGCAUCUUGUGUCUUUCUGCCAACAUCCUUGGCCUUGAUACCUGUGAUUGCGACCUCAGCACAUGACUCCAAGGUGAAGAUUUGGAACCAAAAUACUGGAGCCUGCCUUUUCACAUUGUCUCUGGAUGGAUCGGGACCUUUGACCUCCCUGGCUGUUGGUGACAACACUUCCUUGUUAUGUGCAAGUUUCCACAGAGGUGUUCACCUCCUCAGAGUGGACCCAAGCCAAGGGCUGGAACUGCGGGAAGUGGCAACAUUCUGAAGCCAAGAAAUGUUUACUGGACAAUAUCAAACUAUGGCCCCA